GUAUCAUUUGCCUGUUUGAGUUGGGUUUAUGAGUACUAAGAAUUCCACGUACAGAUUGACACUGGAAGUCAUAUUCCUUGGGUCAGUUGCAAAUCCUGCAGUGACUGCCCGCGGAAAAGUGAAUUUCCAUUUCAGCUAAAUUUCUUUGAUCCAGGGAGCUCAUCAACAGCUUCAUUAGUAUC